UCCUGGCAACCGGACGCCAGGCUUGGCGGAGGGAGGGAGCGAGGAGGCCGCCAUGGUCCAGCCAGUCGCCAUCACCUCCAACAGCCUCAGGGAUGACCUGGGGCCUGGCAGUUCGCUGGUCACCGCCUCGAAACCAACCCGGAAGACAUCAUCUUUUGAAAGAGAAGGAUGGUGGAGAAUAGCAUUAACAAAUACUCCUAUCCCUGGCACUUACCACUUGAAAACUUUCAUUGAAGAAUCCUUAUUAAAUCCAGUAAUAGCAACCUACAAUUUUAAAAACGAAGGAAGGAAAAAACCACCUCUUGUGCAAAGAAAUGAUCCAGUCCUAAAUGACCUUCCCCUGUACACACCUCCUGACUUCUUGGACUUGUUAAAGAAGCAAGUGGCCACUUACUCAUUUAAAGACAAACCUCGGUUGAGCCCCAGCAGGCUGGUUUACAAAGAUCAGUCAGUUAAGCUUUCACCAGGGCAAUAUGAUCUACUUCCUGCACCAGUUCCCAAGCACGCUUCCAGAAGCUUCGUAUUUCGUUCUACAGUUCAAAGAUUUCCAACAAGCUACUUCACUCCUCAUGAAGGCCCAGGACCAGGUCAUUAUGACUUGAAAAUACCUCCAGCAAAUUCCGUUACUUCUUGUUUUCAGUCCAGAGUACCUCGAUUCCUGCCCUCUUGUUCUAAAACCCCAGGCCCAGGAGCAUACAAGUCUUCAAUGCAAUUCCCCAAGCAGCCCCCAACCAUAGCCAAAAUGGGCCGAGAACAUAGCCUUUUCUUCAACAACACAAUUGGCUUUUGAAAUAAAGCCAUGUU